CACAUUCCUUAUAUCAUUUGUGUCCUCAUCCUUUUUUCUUAUCCAAACCCUUGGUUUCGAGGGUUUCGAUGUCAUCCCAUUCUCUCUUGCUCGCUCUGUAGGUCUCGGCAUCUUGCCAUGGAAGCAUCUCGAUCUCUGAAUUUUCAUCUUCCAAGCUUUUGAGCGGAUUUGCAAGAAAAGUAAGGAAUUGGGAGCAUUAAUUUGGGGUUUUGUUUAAGAGAUCCGAGUGGAGUGAGAGGGGAAAGAUGUCAAGCAAUGGGAAUACACAUUGGUGCCACAGAUGCGGGCGGCCUGUGCGAGUCCGAGGACGAGAUGCUACUUGCCCUUACUGUGAAGGUGGCUUUGUGCAAGAGCUUGAUGGGAUGGAUGGGGUUGGGCCUUUUGAUUUCCUUGGAGGACUGGAUUCUGAUGACGAUCAUGACCACAGAUUUGGGAUAAUGGAGGCUUUCUCUGCUCUGAUGAGGCAGCGAAUGGGUAGGAGAAACCGCGACUUUGACCUUAGAGGAAGGUCUGGCAUUGGUCCAGAUAAUGGUCUGGCAGGGUUUGGCGCUGGUUAUGGUGCUGGUCCUUGGCUGAUAUUCCGUGGCCAAGUUCCUGUCAGGAUGUCUGAAAAUGGUGGCAUUGAAGUGCUUUUCAAUGGGGGUCCAGGAGUUGGUUUGAGGCGAGCUAAUGUUGGUGAUUACUUUCUUGGCCCGGGACUGGAUGAACUGAUAGAACAGCUCACUCGGAAUGAUAGGAAUGGACCGCCACCGGCAGCUCGGUCUUCAAUUGAUGCCAUGCCGACAGUAAAGAUCACACAGAGGCAUCUGCGUACUGAUUCUCACUGCCCUGUUUGUAAAGAAAGAUUUGAGUUGGGCUCUGAAGCACGGCAGAUGCCAUGUAAUCACAUGUACCACUCAGAUUGCAUUGUCCCAUGGUUGGUUCAGCACAAUUCCUGCCCUGUCUGCCGCCAUGAAUUGCCACCACAAGGAUCCAGUGGUUCUGGGGCUAGCAACAGAAGUAGCACUAGUAGUGGUAUCUCCAGCGGAAGGGAGGGUAGUGGGGAUAAUCAGGGAAGGCGUAACCCAUUCUCCUACUUGUGGCCUUUCCGCUCAUCCAACUCCAACUCCAACUCCAACUCCAACUCCAACUCCAACACCAACUCAAACACAAACGCAAACACAAACUCGAACUUGAACUCACACCGUACCGAAUCAAGUGGAAGCAGUUCAGCAGCCGUUCGUGAAGAUAAUCACCAGAUGAGUUACUCUGGGUGGCCUUUUGAUUAUUAGGCUCGUUGUAUUUUAGAGUUUCGUGUGCUUUACUUUGGUUGUUGUGCAGUCAUAAUCUACAUAGCAUAUCCAAAUUGAAACGAGUAAAUUUGCUUGGUGAAGUGAAAGUAGUUUAAGGCCUUGGAAUCUACUGAAUGGCUAGCCAAUGUUAAAGGUGAUCAAUAGUCAUUGGUUCUACUGCUCUCUUUAUGUAAAUGUUUUGGAUUAUAAGUGCUUGUGCCUUAAUCCUCUAAUUUUAAAUUUUUUCUUUUUUUACAAAA